GUUAGUAAACAUGACAGAAGUGGGAGAUUUGAUUGUAAAGUUUCAAAGAGAAGAACACAAAAUAACAGGUCUUGUUGAUACUGACACGGUAUCAGACCUAAAAAAUGCCAUAUAUAAAGCAACACAAGUAUGUCCCGAGAGACAAAAACUUCUUGGCCUCAAAGUGAAAGGCAACCAGCUAGAGGAUGGAAUGUCUCUGUCAUCUUUGAAAUUGAAACCAAAUUCUAAGAUCAUGCUUGUUGGCACCAGGGAGGAAGAGCUGGCAAAGGUCAUUGAGCCACCUGCUGAUAUGCCAGAAGUAGUGAACGAUUUUGAUAUUGAAGAAGAAGAAAUUGCCAUUGAAAACAGAGAAGAAUAUCUUGAAAAAGUGGCAAGGAGAGUGAAAGAUUACAAGAUAAACAUCCUCAAUGAACCUCGUCCUGGCAAGAAACUGCUGGUGCUGGAUAUAGAUUAUACAUUGUUUGAUCACAGGUCAGUGGCGGAGAAUGCCCUGGAGUUGAUGAGGCCCCACCUUCAUGACUUUCUUGCCUCAGCAUAUGAAGACUAUGACAUUGUCAUCUGGUCUGCCACGGGCAUGAAAUGGAUCGAGACAAAGAUGAAGGGUUUGGGAGUUGAAACCAACGUUAACUACAAGAUCUCCUUCUAUGUAGACUGUGAUGCAAUGAUCAGUGUGCACACACCCAAGUAUGGGGUCAUCGAGGUGAAACCACUUGGGGUUAUCUGGGGCAAGUUUGAACAAUGGUCUGCAAAGAACACAAUCAUGUUUGAUGAUAUCCGCCGGAACUUCAUCAUGAAUCCACAGAAUGGCCUGAAAAUCAAACCAUUUAAGAAAGCUCACUUCAACCGUGAAUCGGAUACAGAGUUGAUAAAACUGGCAAAAUACCUGAAGGACAUCGCUCAGCUGGAGGACUUUUCCAAUCUCAAUCAUAAAAAAUGGGAAAGGUACAAGCCACCACGACAUGCAUCCAAGAAACACACUGAGGGACACAGCAGUCAGGGCCCUGCUGGAGAUGAAGGCUGAUUACUGAUUGGUUGAUUGACAGGUCACAUGAUUGGUAGAGUGUUUGGAAAUGAUGUGGACUAUUUAUCUGUGUGUCAGCUGACAGUAUGACUGGUCAUAGCAGAUAAGGCUGAAUAUUUUACACUGCUGUCAUUCUCAUAUUUUUGUGCUGUUGUUUACUGCAAACUGUUAAAGGAAGUCUUUGAAGCAUCAUGUGCGUCCACGGUCACACGCAUUAAGAACAGGAUUUCUCUUUUAGUUAUUAUUUUGUAGGACAUUCAGAUGUGACAAGGUUUCUUUAUCACUUUCAGGGACUUUCCUCUGCAUUUGGCUGAUCAAGUGUUUAGUUGUCAUGGAAACAUAUGACUCCAUACACUGUUUGAUACAGGGUGUUAUUAAAUAAUAUACAAUAACUUAACAAUAACAUUAAGACAUUUCCCAUGAUGUCAUUGGUUAAUGCUGAAAAGGAAAAUACUUUAUGACAAGUAAAUAUGGAGUGCUAUAGACAUUUACCAACAACACAACAUACCCUAUUAUAACACAUGCAGUUAAUUUGAAAAUUGAUAUUGACACUGUUUUAAUCUUUGAAAAAGAGUUACUUGCCAUAUUGCUAAUACAGUUUUUGUGUUCUUGGACCAGUAAACACAUUUUGAAGACUUCCUUUGCCUUCUUUGUUACAUUGUUGAGGAGAUUUGGUGCAUUCAUCACAGUGAAGGCUGCAAACAGCCAAUAUGUUAACUUGGCAACAUUAGAACAAAGCUAAGAACUGUUCAUAAUAUAUGGGUAGCGGGGGUGGGGGGUGAUGAUGAUUUUUUAUGGAGAAGCAUGUACAAUGUGAAUGACCCCCUCUAAAAUUUAUGUUCUUGUUUUAAAGUAAGUGACCCCACCUGCAUGUUGUGUACAAAAUCAAUGCCCCCUUACCCCCUCCCCC